UUGCCCCUCCCUGCGCACUCAUUGGUUGCUGGUUGCACCUCUGACUGGGCAUGUGUGUAUGUGUGCCGCUUAGCUGUUAGCGUGUAGAGAUGGCCGCAGACAAGCAAAACGACGUUAAAGUUUCCCUAAUGGAAGAAAAUAAAGAAAACUUACCGGAUGGAGGACUCGGACUGGAAAUCUUGCAAAUCAUCAAAGAAUCCCAGCAGCAGCACGGCCUGAGGCAUGGAGAUUACCAGAGAUACAGGGGCUACUGUUCCCGCAGGCUGCGGCGCCUGCGCAAGACUCUUGGCUUCAAGAUGGGAAACCGACACAAGUUUGUUGGGAAGAAAGUCACUGUGGAAAUGCUUUCUGACAACAGGUAUCUUCUGCUGGUUUUGAUGGAAGCAGAGCGUGCAUGGAGUUACGCCAUGCAGUUGAAGCAGGAGGCCAACACGGAGCCACGUAAGCGCUUCCACCUGCUGGCACGACUACGUAAGGCUGCAAAGCACAGUGAGAAGCUGGAGAAGCUCUGUGAAAGCCCCCGUGUGGACGCCAAAACUAAAUUGGAGGCACAGGCCUACACUGCAUACCUGACUGGAAUGGUGGAGUUUGAGCUGCAGGAGUGGAAACAAGCCAUGGAGGCGUUCAACAAGUGCAAGACCAUUUAUGAGAAGCUGGCCAGUGCCUUCACUGAGGACCUGGCAGUUCUGUACCGCCAGCGUGUAGACGAGAUAUCGCCCAACAUUCGCUACUGCGCUUACAAUAUUGGUGAUCAGAAUGCCAUUAAUGACCUGAUGCAGAUGAGACUGACCGGUGGAGGAGGUGGCAUGAUGGCUGAGAAACUAGAGGCCCUGAUUACUCAGGCGCGAACCAAGCAGGCGGCCACUAUGAGUGAAGUGGAGUGGCGAGGACGCACGGUGCCCGUGAAGAUCGACAAGGCUCGUGUCUUCCUGUUGGGUCUGGCAGACAACGAGGCCGCCAUUGCUCAGGCAGCUAAUGAGGAAACCAAAGAGCAUCUGUACGAGACCCUGCUGGCCGAGUGCAGAGACACCAUCCAGGCAGUGAAAGAGGAGCUCAAGACUGAGGCGAAACAGCGAGAGAGGAGCUCUGAUGGUGAUACUGGGAAGGUGUCCAACCUGCAGUACCUGCACAGCUACCUGACCUACAUUAAGCUGUGUACACUGGUGAAGAGGAAUGAGAGCAUGGCUCAUACUCUGCAGGCCAAACUGAAGGAGCCUGAGGCCGACGAGAACAAGAGGGGGCCCCGUCCACAGGAUCUCAUCCGCCUGUAUGACAUCAUCCUGCAGAGUCUGGCAGAGCUCUCCACCCUGCAGGGUCUGGAGGAUGACCACACCUUCCAAAAGGAGGUGUCCCUGAAGACCCUGGUCUACAAGGCCUACAGGUGUUUCUUUAUAGCCCAGUCUUAUGUGUUAGUGAAGAAGUGGAGUGAGGCGCUGGUGUUGUAUGAAAGGGUGCUGAAAUAUGCCAAGGAAGUCCAAUCUAAGGCCAAGAGUCUCAACAACAGCCUCAAGGAUCUCCCCGAUGUCCAGGAGCUCAUUGCUGAGGUCAACGCUGAAAAAUACUCACUUCAAGCUGCUGCCAUUUUAGACACCGAUGAGAUAGUCGAAGUUCCUCAGCAGCUGGUGAAAGACAACACGCCCCUCUGUGACCACCUGGAGACCUUCCGCUUUGACCCCACUCUCGUCGGAAAACAGCCCAGUCUGGUCCAGUUCCCACCCGACUUCCAGCCAAUCCCCUGCAAGCCUCUGUUCUUUGACCUUGCUCUUAACCAUGUGGCCUUCCCACCGCUGGAUGACAAGGUGGAACAGAAGGGCAAGGGCGGUCUGACUGGCUACAUCAAGGGCAUUUUUGGCUUCGGCAGCUAAACCUAAACCCACACUUCGACCUCCGUGUGAGAGCCACAGGGUCCAGAGUUUACUGCAACCAGCCAGAAUUGGGUCAGCUGUUAGUUAGAAUCAUUUCAGUUUGUCUUUUAUGUUUAAUUUUUAGUGCCUAUGUGCAGAGGGGUUGGAGUUGGCAGUUCUGAGGAAGACAGAGUGAAUAUAGUCUUCUCGGAAAGAUUAAUGAAAUAGUAGCACCAUGACCCAAGUCCACAUCCAGCUUCAGUAAUCCUAUCACACUGCAUGGCUUCACAGCAUACAGGCUCCCUCCUUAAACUGAGCAGUGGAGGUGUUGGCAACUUUUAACACAUUAAUAUGCUGUGGUUUUGAUGAGGGAAGCCAAGCUGUCAGUCUCACAGUCUAGUAAGAUUACAUUUUUUCCCUCCUGUGUUUUAAAUGCGCCUUCAUAUUGUGUGUGUGGGGGUUGUUGUUUUUUUUAUUCCUUAUGUAAACGGAUUGUUCUGCAUUUUUCUUAGCCCUCUAAAAACAAAAAGAUGUUUUGAUCAGCAUCAACAUUAAUUACAAGAGCUAUAGCUGACCAAACUGUAAUCAUAUGUAUGAUUUCAUCAGUCAUCACCAACUAAAGUUUCUCCUCUUAAUCUUUGCCCUUGUUGCUUUCACAGCAUAAAAAUCCUCAUAAACACUGUACAGCCACAAGACCUUGUGUUGGGACAAGAAAUGUCAGCUCGCCUAAGAGUGUACUCGCACUGAGCUGCUCCUCCCAGUGUUCAGUUGUUUUGACCAGUGUGUACCUGUUAGAAGAGAACAGAAACAUACUCGGGCCUGAAGCACAUUUUGAGUGCAGGCACACGAGGACAAGUGUGAGUACACCUUUAGUCCAUUAGUUGUUCCACUUUGUUGUGAUUUAGUAGCGGUGAGGAUCCAAACAUGUACAACUUUCAGUUCCUCCUAAGUGCCCUGUGGGUGGGCACCACAUCAUAACAAACCAAGCUGUCACUGUCAAAGGUGUAGGGUUGUCCCUUAAGCUGUCCCUCAUCUGCAGAUGUGAUGUACUUUUAAUAAUUGCAAGAAGAAAUUUUUCCAGUCUGUGGGUUUUUUUUCUGUUCGGUCAUGUUAUUGCGCCAAAGCCUCUCGAAACCCAACCUCUGAAUUCAGGAAACUGAGACAGGGUUAGCAUGACUAAUGACAAAGCUAUGAGUCACAGUUUGAAAUGAUCCUUUCUGAAUAAAAGAAGCUGGAUUGGCCAGUGUUUUUAUUUCUUUGGUAGUUGGAGCCUAAACUCACCAGGCAGUUCAUUAGAUGCACUAACCAGCUAGAACUAAAGCAGUCACAUACAAAACACACUGCAGUAAAAGGCUGCUUAUUUACAGUCAUAAUAAUGGCGGGAUUCCCUCCAUGACAGUUGUAUUAUCCUGCUUUAGUUUUAGCUACUUGGUUUAUUUGUACUCUGUUGCAUUUUUCUUGCCCGCAAAGUUGACGUCCUGUCAAAGGUCCAACUGCUUCAAUAGCUUCAUCUCGCUGGAAGUAGAAAGCUCUUUAAAGGUCCCUCUGCUUCAUAUUUUCAAAGGGUACCUGCUUGUUGACGGCAGGUGCAGCUCAUGAGACUGUAAUCUGUUACUGUAAAGGUUUUUAACGCUGUGUAUUUAUCUACAAAGGAGAGUGGCAGACAUCAGGACACUGAAGGAGCUGUUAGCAGCCUUUCAUUCAUCGCAUUGCCAACACCACACCUCUCUGUCAUGGGAAGGACUACAAAAAUGUUUUCAUCACCUUUGACAUGUCUGUGGAUUUUCUGUUUUACAUGUUAUUUGUCAGGAUGUAUUGAAACCCCUGAUCUUUAUGUGACCUGGUUUGCCUGUGAGACUUGGUGAAACACUAGGAAAGGACAGUUUCAGUCUCACUAACAUGUUUAACUUUUCUUUUUUUGCUUAAUUUUGUCUUUAUCCCCCCCCAUUCAAGUGUUUUUACGCUAAGUAAGAUGGAUGGGCUGGAACAGUUCCAGCACUUUACCUCGAUUAGCCUGGAAAACAAAAUAGCUAUGACCUGUAGAUGCUGGAAACGUUUGUGUGUGUGACGAGAUUAAUGAAAUGAGGGGAUCCUAUGAUUUCAUGUAGUUUCCAGCCUGGUAAUUAAAGUAUAUUUGCACCAAA